CCCCCGAGCCUCUUCCCCAUCCGACCUUCACCAUUUUUUUUUUCUCUUUCUCUCUCUCUCUCUCUCUCUCUCUCUUUCUCCCUUCUAUAUUUCUUAUAUACGCGUCACUAAUGGAGUAGAGCCUUAAUUUUUAGCUUCGAAACCCUCGUCGCGGUAUCUUGAAAGCUCCAUUUCUCCUCCGAUUCGCCUCCCUUUCCGAUCCCCCACGGAGAAUCCGAGGAAUGCGUCAACAAAGGGCCAAUUAAUUGUUUUUGAUACCGAAGAUUUUAGAGAUGAAUUCUUUACCCUAUUCGCCUGUGAUUGGUGGUGGAGAAAGUUGCAGUUAUGUAUCUGGAUCACAAAUUCGUUUAAGAAAUGAUUUCUUUGGUGCUGAUCUGCGAAGAAGUCCGUUUAGUGGAACUGUAGGGGUUCUCUUCAAGCCUUUGGGACGGUCUAGUGCUAGAAAUGGAAACGGUGUUCAAAUUUUUGCGAGGAUUAAAAAGGCACAAAAGCAUGACUAUCCCUGGCCUGAUGACAUUGAUCCAAACUUGAAAAGUGGGCAUUUGAGCUACCUAUCUCAUUUUAAGCCUCUUUCGGUGAAACCAAAGCCUGUCACUCUUGCUUUUGAGAAGCCUUUGGUUGAUCUGGAAAAGAAGAUCAUGGAUGUGCGCAAAAUGGCCGAUGAAACCGGUUUGGAUUUCAGCGAUCAAAUCAAUAUGUUGGAAAACAAGUACCAGCAGGCUCUGAAGGACUUAUAUACGCAUCUAACUCCUAUCCAACGACUGAAUAUCGCUCGUCACCCCAACAGGCCAACAUUUCUUGAUCAUGUCUUAAACAUCACUGAAAAGUGGGUGGAGCUACAUGGAGACCGUGCAGGCUAUGAUGACCCUGCUAUGGUAACGGGUAUCGGAAGUAUAGAUGGCAAGAGUUACAUGUUUAUUGGUCAUCAGAAAGGCAGGAACACAAAGGAAAAUAUUCAGCGUAAUUUUGGAAUGCCUACACCACAUGGCUAUCGCAAGGCCUUGCGUAUGAUGAAGUAUGCUGAUCACCAUGGAUUUCCUAUUAUCACGUUUAUCGACACGCCUGGCGCAUAUGCUGAUCUUAAAUCUGAGGAACUUGGUCAGGGGGAAGCGAUAGCUCAUAACCUAAGGGCUAUGUUUGGCCUGAAAGUUCCAAUUGUAACUGUUGUUAUUGGUGAAGGUGGAUCUGGUGGAGCUCUUGCUAUCGGCUGUGCGAAUAAGAUAUAUAUGUUGGAGAAUGCUGUCUUUUAUGUUGCCAGUCCAGAAGCAUGUGCUGCAAUCUUGUGGAAGUCCUCUUCAGCAGCUCCUAAGGCAGCUGAGAAGCUACGAAUCACGGCCGGCGAGUUGUGUAAACUCCAGAUUGCUGAUGGAAUUAUCCCCGAACCUCUAGGUGGUGCACACACUGAUCCAGCUUGGACUUCUCAGCAGAUAAAGCUUAUGGUUACAAAGGCCAUGGAGGAGCUCUCAAUAAUGGAUGUAGAUACUUUACUUGGCCAUCGGAUCAAAAAAUUCCGAAUUCUCGGGGGCUUCGUGGAAGGUCAACCAGUGGAUCCUGAGAAGAAACGCAACAUGAAGAAGAAAGAAACCGAUCUUUCUCAAGCAACAGCUGACAUUGAGGCCGAAAUUGAAAAUAUCAAAAAAGCUGCCCUAGAAGCCAAAGGCAAAAGCCCGGCUCCGACCAUCUCUGAUGAGGCUGUAGAGAAGCUGAGGCAAGAAGUAGACAAGGAAAUGACGAAUGCCUUCAUCUCCAUGGGCUUGCAGGAGAAGCUAGAAGCCCUUAAGAUGGAGUUAUCCAAAUCUGGUAACUCUCCUGACCAAACCCUAGGUCCUGUGCUCAAGGAAAAAGUGGAUAGGCUUAUGCAGGAGUUCAAACAUAACCUAUCUCGCCCUGGAUCAUACAUGGCAUUAAAGCAGAAACUCGAAAUGUUAUCAGAAGUAUCUAAGCUACAAGAACUGAGACUGAAGGGAGAGAAGCUGAAGAAAGAGCUUAAUGAGAAGCUCCAAGAGCAGGUGAAGGACAAGAUAGAAAUAUUGAGAAAAGCACGGGAACAAGUAGCAAAGGGAGAGAAAUUAGAAGAGGAGGAGAUAAAGGAGGUCGAAAAGGUUAAGAAAGAGUUAGAAGAGAUGCUAAAAUCGAUGAGUCUCGAGGUGGUCGGUUUGACUAAGAAGAAAGUGCCCACAGCCCCGCCGGUGUUGGAGAAGAAAUUAAAGAAGGCGGAUGAAGUGAUAAAGAGUGAAAUAGAGAAAGUGAUUGAUAUGAUAGGCUUGAGAGGGAAAAUAGAUGAGUUAAAGGCAGAGAUUUCUAGUGGUUUGAAUAAGGAAAAGAUAGAGCAAUUGGACAAGGAGAUUAGAGAAGAAAUUGCUGCUGCGGUAGAUCUGAAUGAGCUGAAGAGGAAAGUUGAGACAGAGAUUAAGGAGGAGAAUGAUGGAAAUAGUGCAGAUGCGCCGCUGCAGGAGACUGUCGGUGCUGGGAAGGCUUCAGGAUGAAUUCGUUGUUCUUAUGAGGUUUUUGCACAAAGAAUCUAUGUAUUUUUUUUUUCUUUCCAAUUUUGCAUUUAUGGUCCACCUUUUUCAGCUUCUGCAACUUUGGGCUAAAAUCUGCUUUGAUCAAUAAAAGAGUUUGCAUGGCGCACUAGAGUUUCAACCAUGGACAUUCAGUCCAUGCAACAAUAUUUGAGUCCAGAACUUUGAAAACAGCAAAAGAUGCGCCAAAGUCGCAAAAUUCCACGAGGGGUGGAUUUUAUGCAAAACAACCAGGUCUUCUUGAGUACCUUUUUUUUCUGUAAUUUCCUUUUUAUGUGGACUCGGUUGUAGUAUUCUGUUGAUUACCAAAUAAUUUUAAAAACAUCAUGUAUCGCAAAUUCUGUUGAGGUUAAUGUGAGGGACUGGUAUCUGUAUUUGGAUAUUUAGAUGCUUGGAAAAAAAAUGUAAUAAAUGUCUCUUGUUUUUGUUUUU